GCCAACUUUAUUAUACAUUCAACCAGGCCCUUUGAAGGGAUUAGGUUUUUUUUCUUCUUUUCUUUUGUAAAAUGUACUUGCCCAUCACUAUUUUUCUACUAGUUUUAUUAACAGAAUCUAUUCUGUUUUUGGGUUUUUCAUAUAUUACAGAACUUGCUUAUGACACUUUUACCAAAAUAACCAAAGAUGCUCAAGUGACAAAACAAAAGAAACUAAAGACAGACAUUUUAAAAUUGAAAACAGAGUUAUCACAAACUAGUUCUCAAGAUGAAUUUGCCAAAUGGGCUAAAUUACGUAGAAAAUUGGAUAAAGGCAUGGCUGAUUUAGAGAAACUUAAUUCUGAUAUUGCUUAUUCAAAAGCUGCCUUUGAACUCAAAUCUAAAUCAGUUCUUUGGUUUCUUGUUCAUGGCACUCAGUUCAUUAUGAUAUUUUGGUUUAGAAAAAGUGCUGUAUUUUAUCUCCCACCUGGUUGGUUUGGACCAGCACAAAGAUUUCUCUCAUGGCCAUUUGCACCUGCAGGUUCCGUCAGUGUUGCUGUUUGGUUUGCAGCUUGUAGAAGGAUGAUUAAAGCUGUUGCACUUACAAUGAAUGAUUUUGUAUUUGUACGUGCAGCUAAAGAAAAGACAACAUAGGUGUGUCGAAGCAGAUUUAAAAAGUAAUGAUUUUACUGUAAAUAUCAGUUUUAUAAGGUUAGAUAUUCCUUAAUAAAAAGAUAAUUCAUUAUAAUGUAAAAAAGAGAAAGAAUAAAUAGUGACUACGCCAAUGUUUGACUCAAAGAUCGGAAUCUGUACUUUUUUUUUUUGUUUAUGUGCACACAAGGACAUGAAAGAAAAAAGACAUGAAACUAGGAUACAGCUAUAAUUUGGUGAAUAAUUGGGAUCUAUACAUUCUAUAUUUUAUAAACAAAAAAAGAAAGCACACACACACACGCAAAAAGGAGAAAUCUUUUGAUAAUAAUACGUUCGGGAGGAAUAGGAUUAACAAU